AUGCAAAGGCACACAUUCACCGCACUCAACUCUACCUUCAUCGUAGACUCGGAGUAUCAGUUUGUCAAGGAGCUUGGCCAGGGCGCAUACGGUUGCGUCGUUGCAGCCAAACAUCGCAGAUCGGGAGAGGGUUGUGCGAUCAAGAAGAUUACCAACAUCAACACCAAAAGAAUACUGACGAAAAGAUGUCUGAGAGAAAUCAAAUUACUUCACCACUUCCGUGGGCACAAGAAUAUUACCUGUCUAUAUGACAUGGAUAUCGUCUUCCGCCCUGACGGUAAUUUCGAUGAGGUUUACCUCUACGAGGAGCUGAUGGAAGCAGACCUGCACGCGAUCAUCCGCUCUCAGCAACCGCUCUCCGACGCGCACUUCCAGUCGUUCAUCUACCAAACCCUCUGCGGACUGAAGUACAUACACUCUGCGAAUGUGCUCCACCGUGACCUGAAGCCCGGCAACCUACUCGUAAAUGCUGAUUGCGAGUUGAAGAUCUGCGACUUUGGUUUGGCCCGAGGGUACAGUCCCAGCGGUGGCAGUGCACGCCAGGCUGGAAACCAAGGAUUCAUGACAGAGUACGUUGCAACUAGGUGGUACAGAGCUCCAGAAAUUAUGUUGAGCUUUGCCAACUACGGUCCUGCAAUCGAUGUCUGGUCAGUGGGAUGCAUCUUGGCCGAGCUGUUGGCCGGGAAGCCGAUCUUCAAAGGAAGAGACUACGUAGACCAGCUGAAUCAGAUCUUGCACUACCUCGGUACCCCCUCAGAGGAUACUCUUCGUCGUGUGGGUUCACCGCGCGCCCAGGAUUACAUCCGCUCGCUUCCCAUCAAGCCUCGGGUGCCAUUCGCCACGCUCUUCCCGCGUGCAAACCCGCUAGCAAUUGACUUAUUGUCGCAGCUGCUACAUUUCGACCCUGCUAAGCGCAUAACAUGUGAGCAGGCUCUCAACCACCAUUACCUCGCUGUGUGGCACGACCCCGCGGAUGAGCCCGUCUGUCCCUCGUCAUUCGACUUUGGGUUCGAAGACGAGGAUUCAAUCGAAGGCAUGAAGCGACUCAUCGUUGAAGAGGUGCAGCAAUUCCGCUCAGAAGUGCGCGCGCAAGCCAGAGCUGCUGGCCAGAUUCGUCGGCAAGACAGCUUGCCAAUGCCAUCCCGCGACGAGAUUCUCAACUCGCCGGUGCUCGAGAACGCCCCGCCAAACGGUGCUACGUCGGGCUUCACUGCGCCCAAGCAGGAGCGGCCAGCGAGCCCCGUGAUGGACGACCCCAGUGCCGAGCUGGAGCGGGAACUCGCUGGGACGCACAUCGGACGAAAAGACGCGUAA